GCCAGUCUGGUGUGAGCAACCAGGGCUUUAGCAAUGUCUACUCUUCUGCUGGUUGUGGCGGUUGUUGUAGGGUUUGCUUACAUUUACCGCCAUGUUGUGGUUAAGGGAAAGCGGUGCACAAGUAAAGCAAGGCUGGAUGGGAAAACUGUGAUUGUGACCGGCAGCAAUACAGGCAUUGGGAAGACUACAGCCAUAGAUCUGGCAAAAAGAGGAGCUAGAGUUAUCCUGGCCUGUCGGAGUAAGCAGAGGGGAGAGGCUGCUCUUGAGGACAUCAAGAGGGAGAGUGGGAGUAAUCAGGUGGUGUUGAUGCAGUUGGAUUUGGGGAGUCUCAAGUCUGUCCGCAGCUUUGCCGAAAACUUCCUGAAAUCUGAACCCAGACUGGACAUCCUCAUCAACAAUGCAGGUAUUUACCUACAGGGUCGAACAGAGGACGGACUGGGGAUGAUGUUUGGUGUCAAUCACGUUGGUCAUUUCCUGUUAACCAACCUGUUACUGGAUCGUCUGAAGGAGUGUGAACCGAGCAGGGUGGUCAACGUGUCAUCCGUGGCACAUUGCUUUGGAAAAAUUGAUUUUGAGUGCCUGAACACCAACAAAGCUCUGGGACUGGGGACCUCAGUCAUGGAGAUCUUUCAGGUCUACUCCGAUAGCAAGCUGUGCAACGUCCUCUUCACACAUGAGCUGGCCAAAAGACUGCAGGGAACCAAGGUCACCUGUUACUCCCUCCAUCCAGGAGCUAUCAACUCUGAGCUGGCAAGGAACACUAACUCUGUAGUGCAAUUGGUCCUGACACCCCUGACUGCGUUUUUCUUAAAAAACACCAUCCAGGGAUCCCAGACCACCCUGCACUGUGCUGUCCAGGAGGGGAUCGAACAUCUCAACGGGCGUUACUUCUCCAACUGCACUGUGAGAGAAGUCUAUCCUAAAGCUAAGGAUGAUGCUAUGGCAAAGAAGCUGUGGGAGCUCAGUGAGAGACUGUGUGGUCUCGCAUAAAAAGCUUACCAUCAGAUUCCUCAUAUUGGGCUGUCAAAAUUUCCGUUGGAUAUUAAUCAUGGGAGGAUAUCCUUCAAAGUACCUGAUACCUAACAGGAAAAAUUUAGCUGACAGGCAAGAUAUAGUAAUGUAAGGUAAAGGUCUGGCACGCCAUUCACUGCCAAGGGCUUAAAUAAGAAUAGAGCCAGUCUGACUAUACAGACUAGUUGCCAUGACUCAAUAACUUUUACAGCACUCCUGAUGUAUUCAUGUUGGUGAUUAUUUUCCAUGUUGUAUGCAGAAGAUAUGUACUCACAGCUAAAGUAAUCACAGAUUAUGUGUAACAGCUUGUUAAAAUGUAAUAUAUCCACAGAUUUUUGACUGCAUUUAUUUCAGUUACCAAUGCCCAAUAUAAAUAAACAAGUUACUUUUACUCCAUGAGAUUUUUUGCUGACCUUAUAAAAGCAUUUUAUUCUUUUAGAUGAUGGGUUCCUACAUGAACACACUAAUACCUUAUACUCUAACCAUAUUCGACAUGAAAGGUCUCUGGUUUCAUUGGUUUAGAGUCAGCAAAGGUGUGUUAGAAUAAGGUGAUGACAGGUACGUGUUACACUAAUCUGAAUUUAACAAUAUAAGCCAAAGAAUGUGAUGACAGAUAGUCCAGUGAAUCAUCUCAAACCACACCCACCUCAGUGAAGCAGGUUUUUGAGUUUUAAUCAACAGUUACUUAUCACUGAUGAACAUUGACUGUUGAUUAUUUAGACAGUACAAUUAGUGUUACACAAAUAUAGUCAAGAAACCAAGUUUUCAGGUGCUUUAAUAGAUCAUCAGAUUAUCAAGUAGAGAACCGUAUGUUCUUCCUGAAUAAAACCAGAAGCUUGGGUCUUUACUCUGGUCCUAAGCAUGUGCAAAUCUCUCUGGGUUUGGUCUUUGUUUAAUCCAUUCAUACUGACAUGUACAAGUGGGCCCCAUCAGAAAUUCUUGACAUACUGAGAGCAAGCCCGGAUGUUUAUGAAUUAACAAAUGAGUACAUAAAGAAAUUAAUCUCACAAGUAUCACUGUAAUCAUAAGAGAUGAGUUAUACUGUUUUCGCUUUGAUGAAUCAAGCAUUGUUCCAUAGAUCAAAUGUAAAGUGUCUUCACUCAGGUGAUGACACACAUUUAACUGUUUGCAGUGCAAAGCAAGACCUGCAGAGCCACAUACUCAUCACAUCUGCUCCAGA